AUGUACGCCCCAGAUAGGAGGUUUGUUGGCAGUUCCAGGAUCAUUAACUCCCCCUCCCAUCUCCCCAACCCCUCAUAUCACCGCUUAUCCCCCACUCUCCUCCUCUGCGUCGCCGUCGGCGUCGCGGCCCUCGGCGUGCUCGCGCUCGUCCUCGCGCUCACCCUCUUCCGCGUCCGCGACCCCGUCACGGAGAUCGUCUCCACCCGCGUCUCCGGCGUCGCCCCGCGCGUCUCCCUCCCCGCGGCGUCGAUCCAGCUCAACGUCACGCUCGACCUCCUCGUCCGCGUCUACAACCCCAACCGCGCCGCCUUCGCGCACGGCGUCGGCCGCUCCGCGCUCUCCUACCACGGCGCCGCCGUCGGCGACGCCGCCGUCGAGCCGGGCCGGAUCCCCAGCCACGGCACCGGCCUGGUCCGGCUCACCCUCACCGUCGAGGCCGACCGGUUCGCCGCCCAGCUCGGGAACCUUAUCGGGGACGUCUUGGCCGGCCAGGUCCCCCUCGACUCCGAGACCGUCAUUCCCGGCCGCGUCACCAUCCUCGGAUUCAUCAAACGCCAUGCUGUCGCCCGAUCCGAGUGCCACGUCGACGUCGGAAUCCCCGACCUCGCUGUGCGGAGCCAAAAUUGCACCAACAAGACCCAGCUCUAAUUGACCGCCUCACCCCCACAUGUACCUAUUUUUCACUCUACCCCCUCCUCACCUUAAUAUCUAAAUUAAUUGCACCGUUUGUCCCAACCUUUACCUUCCUUUCAUUUUCGUCCUCAAUUUUUUUUUUUUCUGAA